AUGAUUACACUCACUCCGCUGUCUUCGUCCGCAUCGUCGUCUUCGGCCUCGGAGCCCGUUGCCUACUUCCUCGAGCUCGACGAUGCCCGCAUCCUCCUCGACAUGGGCCAACGCGACUACCGUGCCAGCCUUGAGCAGGACAACUGGGAAUACGAAGACAAGAUCAAGGAACUUGCGCCGACGCUCUCCCUGGUCCUCCUCUCACACUCACCAUCGACAUACCUUGGGUUGUACCCGUAUGCGCGGGCACACUGGGGCCUCAAAUGCCCUGUAUACGCAACACAGCCCACUGUUGAGAUGGGCCGAGUGGUGUGCUUAUCAGAGGCUGAGAGUUGGCGGUCAGAAUGCCCGGUCGAGGAAGCGGAUGGCGAGGAGGACACCGCCAUCAUCGCAAAAGGCUCCAACCCACCGCGCGGUCGUUACGUCCCCACCGUUGAGGAGAUCCACGAGGCGUUCAACCACAUCAAGGCUAUCCGCUACAAUCAGCCAUUGCACUUGGGAGGCGACUUAUCCCAUUUGCUGGUGACGCCAUUCCCGUCUGGACAUGUGCUCGGAGGAACGCUCUUCAAGAUCCGCUCUCCGACCUCCGGUACCGUGCUGUACGCUGUGGGCAUGAACCACACUGGCGAGCGUCACAUCGACGGCAUGGUAACAGGGCAAGGAGGCUUGGCAGGAUACGCAGAAGAUAUCCGGCGACCUGAUCUCCUCAUCGUCGAGGGCGACCGCGCGCUCGUCACAAACCCGAAACGCCGCGACCGCGAGACUGCCAUACUUGACGUGAUCACCAACACGCUCCAGUCGGGGCACUCGGUCCUGAUGCCGAGCGACCCCUCGCCACGUCUUCUUGAGCUGCUGGUUCUACUUGACCAGCACUGGUCGUUCAAGAUCAACCCCACUGGCAAGCCGGAUCCAGGGCCAGCAUCAGCCUCUGGUUGGAAGUUCCCACUCUGUGUCGUUAGCAGAACUGCACAGGACAUGGUCAACUUUGCCCGCAGCUUGAUCGAAUGGAUGGGCGGUGUUGUCCGCGAGUCGUCCGCUGAUGAUGUGAUGGGCGUGCAAGCGGGACGGGGGAGGAAACGCAGGGCUCGCCAGAUCGCCGUGGGUUCCGAGUACGGCGCUCUCGACUUCAACCACGUCGACUUCUUCUCAUCCCUUGACAUGCUCCUGCUCAAGCACCCAGUAAACGAGCCGAAGCUCGUGAUCGCUGUGCCCAUCACGAUGUCGCAUGGCCCUUCUCGAUUCCUCUUCACCAUCAUGGCCAGCAAGCCAGGGAAUGUGGUGCUGCUCACCAACCGCGGCGAGGACAACACUCUUGCGCGGGAGUUGUACGAGCUGUGGGAGAGCGAGCAGACGGAGGAUGCCAAGUGGGGGCACGGCAAGAUCGGUAAAGUCAUCGCCAUUCCCGGGCCGCUCAAGUUCGAGAUGGACGAGAGAAUUCCGCUCAGCGGCGAGGAGCUGGAGGAGUAUGAGGAGAAGGAGCGGCAGAAGAAGGAGCGCGAGGCGGCGCAGCAGGCGGCGCUGGAUCGCUCAACGCGCAUGCUCGAGGCCGACGACCUCGAGUCUGACUCGGACAGCGACAGCGAGGACGAGGGCGCGGGCGGCCUACUGACGGCGCGCACCGAGGGCGCAAACGCGAUCGCUGGCGACAGCGAGGACGUGCGUACCAUGUCGUUUGACAUUUUCGUCAAGGGCCAGCAGACGCGUGUGGGCCGUGGUGUCGCCGGCGAGAUGGCACGUUUCCGUAUGUUCCCAUUCCUUGCCAAGGCACGCCGUGUCGACUCGUACGGCGAGGGUCUUGACAUUGGACAGUGGGUCCGCAAGGGCCGCGAGAUCGAGGAGGACGGCGAGACGGAGGAGGUGCGCGAUGCCAAGCGGCGCAAGCUCGAGGAGGAGGAGAAGGCUGCGGUUCCUCCCGAGCCCCCAUCCAAGUUCAUCAGCAACAACGUUACACUACAGCCGCGCGCGUCGGUCGACUAUGUCGACAUGGACGGCAUGCACGACGGACAGGCGAUCAAGACGAUUAUUGCGGACCUGCAGCCACGCAAGCUUGUCCUCGUCAAGUCGAACAAGGCGUCGACGGAGGCGCUCCUCGAAUUCUUCAAGUCGACGCCGAGCAUAACGCGAGAGGUCUUCUAUCCCGAUACGAACGAAUCUGUGCGCAUCGGCGAGCACGUGCAGAGUUUCUCGCUGCAGCUUGGCGACAGCAUAUCGGCACUCCUGAGCGGAAAGUGGUCCAAGUUUGAGGGCUACGAAGUGGCGAUGGUGGACGGCAAGCUGGCGUAUGCGUCGGGCUCGACUGUGCCGCUUCUCGAGGCUCCGAGCGUCGAGCUCCCACCAAUGGCAGAAGUGAAGGAGGAGCCGGAGGCGGAGGCUGUGGCCAUGGCGGAAGUUGAGGCGGAAGCUGAGGCGGAAGCUGAGGCGGAAGCUGAGGCGGAAGCUGAGGCGGAAGCUGAGGCACCGAUCGAGGCAGCCGAGGCGGCCGAAGACAUCGUGAUGGAGGAGGGCAAGCCCGACAUCGUAACAGACGAGCCGGCCACCAUGGCAGACGAAGAGACGGCCGCCGACGAGGCGGUCAUUAAGGCUGAGCCAAUCGAGGUACAGCUUGAGGUGGAGGUUGCGCAGAAGCCCGUUCCGACCGGACCAGCAUCUCUUCCCGGUUCGCUGUUUAUUGGUGAUCUGCGCCUUCUGGCACUCAAGAACCGGCUAGCUGGACAAAAGAUCGACGCCCAGUUCGCUGGUGAGGGUGUGCUCGUGUGCGGUUCCGACAAAGGAAGCAUGGUGGUUGUGCGCAAGCUCGGCGCGGGACAGAUCGUGCUCGAAGGAGCAGUUAGCAGGACAUACUUUGCCGUCCGGAAGGAGCUCUACGGCUCGUAUGCCCAAGUAACAGCGAUGUGA